CUUAGACAGAAUGGUUGAUCAGCUCCAGGGAACAUGGAAAUCCAUUUCUUGUGAAAAUUUUGAAGAAUAUAUGAAAGAACUGGGAAUAGGAAGAACCAGCAGGAAACUUGGCUGUCUGGCAAAACCCACUGUGACCAUCAGUACAAAGGAAGAUGUGAUCACUAUAAAAACCAAAAGCAUCUUUAAGAAUAAUGAGAUCUCCUUCAAACUGGGAGAAGAGUUUGAAGAAACCACACCAGGUGGCCAUAAAACCAAGAGUAUGGUAACCUUAAAUAAUGACUCCUUGGUUCAGGUUCAGGACUGGGAAGGCAAAGAGACCACUAUAACGAGAUGGUUGGUAGAUGGGAAAAUGGUGGUGGAAAGCGCCAUGAACAGUGUUAUCAGCACUCGGACGUAUGAGAGAGUACAGACAAACUCGGUCUCCAACUCUUAA